CCCGCGGCUCCGUCCUCUCCGCCGGCAUGGAGGAGCUCUUGGCUGCCGCGCUGCAGCUGCUGAGCUUCUGGUUCAUGCUGGCGUUCCUGCUGAUCGUGCUGCCGUCCAUCUUCGGCGUGUCCUUGGGGAUCUCGGAGCUGUACCUCAAAGUCCUGAUGAAAAUCUUGGAGUGGGCCACACUGCGGAUUGAGAAAGGAAUCAGAAGGAGGCAGCAGCAGCAGCAGCAGCAGACACAGACACUCCCCUCUUCAAGUGUUAUCAUACAGAGAGAUCAGACCUCAAUGGAGAAUUCAAUUGUUGGCCUGCACUGUGGUGACUUUGAGCUUUCAGACGUUUUUUAUUUCUGCAAAAAAGGAUUUGAAGCAAUUGUGGAAGAUGAGGUCACCCAAAGGUUUACCUCGGAGGAGCUGGUCUCCUGGAAUCUCCUCACCAGGACCAAUGUUAACUUUCAAUAUAUCAGUUUACGACUGACUAUAGUGUGGGUUAUUGGAGUCUUUGUACGGUAUUGUCUCUUUCUGCCUCUUCGUGCCACCUUGGCGACUAUUGGGAUACUUUCUAUGAUUGUGGGAACCACGCUGGUGGGACAGCUGCCAAACGGGAAAACCAAAGACUGGCUGAGUGACCUCGUCCAUCUCACGUGUUCCCGGAUCCUGGUCAGAUCGCUUUCUGGCAAUGUUUAUUACCAUAAUAAGGAAAACAAACCCCAAAAAGGAGGGAUUUGUGUCGCAAACCACACGUCCCCGAUCGAUGUUAUAAUCUUGACGAAUGAUGGCUGUUACGCAAUGGUUGGCCAGUCUCACGGGGGCCUAAUGGGUGUCAUUCAAAGAGCCACUGUCAAGGCCUGUCCACAUGUCUGGUUCGAGCGCUCUGAAAUGAAAGAUCGCCAUCUAGUGACAAAAAGAUUGAGAGAACAUGUUUCCAAUAAGGACAAGUUGCCCAUCUUGAUUUUUCCAGAAGGCACUUGUAUAAACAACACCUCUGUAAUGAUGUUUAAAAAGGGGAGCUUUGAAAUUGGUGGCACCAUCUAUCCAGUUGCUAUCAAGUACGACCCCCGGUUUGGUGAUGCCUUCUGGAACAGCAGCAAGAAUGGCAUAGUGAGCUACCUCCUGCGAAUAAUGACCAGCUGGGCUAUCGUCUGCCAUGUGUGGUAUCUGCCACCAGUGACGAGAGAGGAUGGAGAAGAUGCCGUACAAUUUGCCGACAGGGUGAAGUCUGCCAUUGCACGCCAAGGAGGACUAACUGAAUUGCCCUGGGACGGAGGUUUGAAAAGAGACAAAGUGAAGGACACUUUUAAGGAGGAAGAACAGAAAACCUACAGCAAGAUCAUAGGGAAUAGAGCAUCCUCAAGUCGAGCGGUGUUCACGGACUGAUCUCUUGCAGCUGAUAUUUCUCACGCCUCAUCACUAUAGAAAAGUGUUGGAUUUUUUCCCCAUUUAGAAAAAAGAAAAUAUUAAUAAUAAAGCACCAAGUGCAAGCAGUGGAGGACAUUGCUUUGUUCUUGUUCGUGUGCUGCUGACCACCGGCAAAUUCCUGCUUUUGAUGUUUGGAAGAGAGAAUUGGAUUGAAGCAGAACAGAACGUCCCAGUGCUUAAAACGGGCUGCUGCUUUUGAACCUUAGCCCAGAGAGGGGAAUGUACAUAAUAAUUAAAAAAAAUCAAGUUGUUCAAUUGUAUAAAUAAUGGUCACAUCAUUCACGUGGUUAGGGACUGUUUGAACAAAUAUUCCUGUAGGCCAGCCUUUCCCAACCUGGUGCCUUCCAGAUGUGUUGGUCUGCACAUCUGGAAGGCCCCAGGCUAGGAAAGGGUGGCUGUAGGGUUCCGCUGGUGGACUGCUGUGUGGUGAUUGUUUGAAUAGAUGGUCUUACAUUUCCAAGGUUUUCCUGGGUGUAUUUUUGUUGGUGGAUGUUGAUUCAAUGUUUUUGGGAGGUCGUAAAUGUCUGAGUAUGAUCAGACUAAACAGGUGAGAAAUGAGAACGGGCUGGUUUUUAUCCUUAGCAGUUGCAAUGAAGAACUAGAACAGCCUACAGACUUUUUUGGGUUGGUGGGGGGAGUUUGCUUCUUGUAGAAACCUACCCCAUCUUUCCAAAGAUGGUUUUAAAAACCAUCUGGAACACAAUUUGAUACAGUCUGGGUAUCAAUCUCCCCCCCGCCCCAUCCUCCGCACGAGAGAAAGGGCCAAAUGAUAUACAAAGCUCCAACUUUGCAAAUUGCUCUGCCCCCAUCAUAAUAAAACCCUAAAAGCUGGAAGGAAAAAAGAAAUUUGGGAGGGAAACAAAUGUUUUAUGAAAUGCACUGCUCUCAUGGACUGUGUUGGCAAGAGCCUAUAUGUGUAUCUGUCACUUAAAUGUCUGAGAAAUAUGUC